AUGCUCUCCGACCUGAAGCAGCAAUUCCCUGUCGCAGGAGAGAAGCGCAAUGUGCUGUCAUCAACGCAAGUGCAUGCUGCUCUCGACUGGCUAUCAGGCUUUCAUGGCUUCUGGUGGCAGCGUGUUGAAAGCCUAGAUCGCUCCUCGCUUGUUCUGCCACCCUUGGAGGAGGUACGACAUGAUGGUCAAGAUGCCACGCAGAAGAGUGUUUGGCUGAACGGUGGCUACACGUAUCUUGCGACGCGGCGAAAGGAGUACGCGGAUCUCGCAGGCGACGCUGAUUCUGAGUGGAGCGCAACCUUGACCCAAAAGAUGGGAACUGGAAAUGAGUCCAUCUCUGAAAUGGUCGCCACAUUUUUGGCACCCGCAGCGUCUGGCUCGUCACGAACAGCCCGCUACGAGACGCUCAUACACGGCGAUGUCAAGUCCGAGAAUCUGUUCACGAGCGAGUCUGGAGAGCAGGUGGCUUUCUACGACUUUCAGUACAUAGGCCUCGGUCUUGGAGUCUGCGACCUUGCGAAACUCUUCACAUGCUCGGUUCCUCUCAAUAUGCUCAUAAAUAAAAGGAUCGUACCACACGAGUUGUCGAUGCAAGAUGGCGAACGAGCACUACUUGAGCGCUACUGGAUGAGACUGAAAGAUAUGGGCAAGAAAGAUUAUCCAUGGGAGACAUUUAUGAUGCACUGGGAGGCUGCCAUUGUCGACUGGCUUCGUUUUCAGGCCAGUUGGGGAUUCUGGGGAAACACAGAAUGGCUCGAAGCACGUGCAAGAAGUAUUUUAAAGGACUCAGGCUGGAGGGAAGCCUUGACGAUGAAUUCAGACGAAAGUCGGUAG